AUGACAAUUGAAGAAGUUAGUCAAGUAUUGCAAAAGGAAAAUAAGGAGUUAGAUGAGAUAAAGGCUAUAUUAAAAGCAUUUAAAGAGGGCAAAAGCAAAGGAAAGCUACUGAUAGAAUUGAAGAGAAAGCUAUUGAAUAAGGAUACAAAAAUGAAAAAGAGAAGAAAGAAUGGAAAGAGAGACUACUUUAUUGAUAAGAAUGUUAGUGAAACUGGAAAUACUGUUUUCUCUCUAUGUGAAGCUACAAUAAUGCUUACAAUAAUAGGUAGUGAAAAUAACUUAAUUAAUGAGUAUGAUGCUUUGAUUAAAUGA